AUGUCUUUGAGAAGCUCUAGUGUGGCCGCUCUGCUCCUGGUCUCCGUGCACCUCCUCCACGCGUCCGCCCUGCCGGCUGUGUCCUCGUACGAGUUUAACGCCUACAGAAUGCAGCACUACAACCUACAGCAGGAGAAACACGGUUGCCGUGGAGCCAUUGUGGUGGCGGAAGCUCGGUCCGCAGAUGACCCGAGUCUUUCCCGACGCUGUGUCAUCAUGAAACUCCAAGAUUUCACGACGCCGCGCUUUCAGGAGGCACAGCGGCAGAAUGCAGCCGCCCUGCUCAUCUUGCUCCCCAAAAACAUCUCCACUGUUCCUCAGGACAUUAUACAGAGUUUCAUGGUGAGUGAGUCAGAGGUCCUGCAGAGGGAGAUCAUGAUGCCUGUAUAUGUUGUUCCAGAGGAUGAACAGUUGCUUUGCAUGUAUGAGGAGGUGAAACAGGCUGCAGCCACCAUGUCUUCCUCCAUAAUGGUCCGAGUUCUACGCAGUAUGGUUGUAGCAACAGCAUUCCAAAUAUUAGUGAGCAACAACUCACCAAUCAAGCCCAUUAAUGACAAUGCCAUCAUUACUUUAGAGGGAGUUCUCCCUGGAGCUGGAGAAGACCCGCCCACUAUCGUCAUCACGUCCCAUUAUGAUUCGUUUGGACUUGCGCCAUGGCUGUCGUACGGAGCAGACUCAAAUGGGAGCGGGGUCGCAAUUCUCUUGGAACUUGCGCGUCUUUUCCGCCGGCUCUACAGUGAUUCUCGCACCCAGGCCCCGUACCAUCUUCUGUUCUCUCUGACUGGCGGUGGCAAAUAUAAUUACCUUGGUACCAAGCGUUGGCUGGAGGAGAACAUGGACCAUGCAGAAUCCAGUCUUCUGCAUGAUAAUGUAGCAUUCGUUCUUUGUCUGGAUACUCUUGGCAAUGGGGAUGAGCUUUUCCUGCAUGUGUCUCGACCCCCUAAACCUGGAAGCCCCCAGUACAGCUUUAUUCAGCAGCUGGAACAGGUGAUUUCCUCCAGGUUCCAGUGGGUGAGGUUUGGGACUGUGCACAAGAAAAUCAACCUACAGGAGUCCACCGUGGCCUGGGAACAUGAGCGCUACGGCAUGCGGCGUAUCCCAGGAUUCACUCUGUCCCACGUAGAGGACCCUAAAUCGGAGCUUAGGGGUUCCAUUCUUGAUACUAUGUCGCAGGUAGACAUCAGGAAACUCAAACGAAAUGCUGUCAUCAUUGCUGAAUCUUUAGCACGGUUCAUGUACAAUCUGUCUGACAAGGGAUCACCAAAGGAAAUCCAGGUUUUUAAAGGACAAAUGGAGAUUCUGGACAGUCGUUUGUCAGCUCUGAUGUCUUUAUUAACGUCUGUGUCGAGAGCCACUCAGCUGCUGGACAGAGAGCCAGCACAGACCCUCCUCCUCAACAGCCUGGAACAGGAGCUCAAACACCACCUAUAUCAGGUGUACAGACACACCUUCCGUCAGGAUCGCAGGGAUCCUGAUCUUACCUUUUUUGACCAAAUGAACCAGCCAAUGAUGAUGUACAGGGUAAAACCUGCCGCAUUUGACCUCUUCCUGGGGGGCUGUAUUGCAGCGUACUUGGGGAUUGUGUACUAUGCCAUCCAGAAUUUUGGAACUGUCUACACAAAACUCAAGUUGACAAUGAAGGCAAAGCAUCAGUGAUACUUAUCAACCAGGGCACCCCUGUCAUGGAGAGUAAAGAAUAUCUGUAUAGAAUGACAUU